AUGGCUUUAGUGGGGGGCAGUAACUACUACAAUAGAGAAGGCAAAUGGUCUAUAAAGUCCAUCAUCCAGCCUUCUGCUUGCACAGACAGUAAGAUCUUGGCUUUGGCACCUGAUGCUAUGCGAGCUCUGAGAAUUGGAGCAGAACCACCCUGCGAGGACCUCCCUGUCCUCCCUCCUGCUUCCAAUGUCUCCUCCACCGUGUCCUUCACUGAAGCAGAGGUGCAAAGUGCCUGUGGUGUCUGGGAGAAGAUGCUAGAUAUGGAUGCUGAGGACAACGGGACAACUAUGCUGGUCAGGAUAUUUACUGACCACCCAGACACAAAAACCUACUUCACACACUUUAAAGACAUGGACUCCACCAAAGAGAAGAAACAGUCAGAUCAGGUUGCGGGCCACAGCAAGAUGGUUUUCACUGCCAUCAACAACAUGGGGCAACACCUGGACAACUCCAACGCUUUUCUUGGGACAGUGAACCCAGUUGGAAAGACACAUGCUACUGAUCUGAAGACUGACCCCAGAAACUUUAGGAUUAUCUGUGUCAUUAUCUUUAAACUGAUGAAGGAGAAAUUUGGCAGAGACUGCAAAGCUUCUUUUGAUAAGGUGGCCAGUGAAAUCUGCGCUCACCUGAACAAUGUCUACAAAGAGGUGGGUUGAUGAGGAUGCGCAAUCUCCAACUGUUCAAGUGUCUUGCCAGCACUGAUUUGCUGCUUUUGGGCCUCCAGCCAGAGUUGAAAGAAUGAAAAAGUUUAAAAAAACCCAAACAAACAAAAAAAGGCUUAUAUAAUGUAGAUACCAAUAAUUUUCUUAGCAAACUGAGUUUCUACAGCUAAAUAAAACCCACAGAUACAUCAAAGCUAAACCAUCAAAUCCUGAUAUGUUUUGCAGCUUCAUUGCUGAAGGUGGGUUCCUCUAGCCACCAUCCUUGAAGAUUAGAUUUUAAGAUGAUGACUUUGAGCUUGCUAUUCCUAAGAGAAAGACUUGCUGCUUCCAGCAACACCAACCCAGAGAGGCACAGCAGCUCUUUAUCUCAACUACCACCUCUCCAUCCUCAUGAAUGACAAGCAGGGAC